GUAUCUUGCGCAAGACCUUGACCCCUAACUCCAAGGUCAAGGUCACACUUAGAAGGCACAAAUGUUCCUUAUAUUGCGAUGAUGUAUCUUGCGCAAGACCUUGACCCCUAACUCCAAGGUCAAGGUCACACUUAGAAGGCACAAAUGUUCCUUAUAUUGCGAUGAUGUAUCUUGCGCAAGACCUUGACCCUUAACUCCAAGGUCAAGGUCACACUUAGAAGGCAAUGGUGUUCCUUGUCUGAUCCCUAACUCUGCCAUUUAUCAAGGGAGUUGAAAAUGAUUUGACGCAAAUGCUUACAAAUUGAGUAGGUGUGUCAUGCUUAUGACCCGGGUCUCUGGGUUCAAGGUCAAGGUCACAAGAUGAUGUGUAUUUUUUUGCACAGACAACUUAUUAUUCUUAGGCAUGGUUUGAAAAUAUUUGUCACCAAUAGAGACAGCUCUUGUUUUUCAUGCAUUUGGAAUUACAUGACUGUUGAUGACUUACUAUUCAGAAUAGGCCUAUAUUUGUGACCAGAAUCCAAACUAAUAUUACCAAGGAAUAACAGAAAAAAGCUUGAGGUUAUAGACUUUUGGUGCUUUUUCAUACUAUAAAUACUACUAAAGUCAGUUGCUAUUGUUUUUGUGUCAGAUUUUUAAUAAAAUGUCAUUUUUUGUUAUCAGGUCGUUUUUCAGACUAAAAGCUUUAAAAAUGGCUUUAUGAGCCGUAAAAACGCCCAUAUUUGCAUGAACAUAUUUUUUCUUAAUUUUGUGGUAAAUUAUUUUUUUUACUUCCAUGUUGUUCUGGGGUAUAUACUGUUAUGAAAAAAUGUCAUUUCAAGUGGAAAAGUCUGAUUUAUAAAAAUGUCUUUGCAUUGCUAACUUUAAAAACCUGAAAUGAGAGCGCUCAGACAAUGUGAAGUUUGUCGCAUAGAUGGGGAUUGACCGCCUUUGUACAUAUAUGUCUACAGCUUCUCAGAUUUCACCGAAGACAAUUGUUCUGUGUUGUGAAUGGAUGUUGUUCGGCCGCAAGCCUUCCAGUCACACAGAAGAUCCUGGUUCGAUCACACAAAGGGUCGAUCACUUCCAUUGAUAUACAACAUGGAAAUGAGCUCGUGUAAGAAGGAGAGAGAUAAUAAUGAAACAGAAUGGGUAUUUGCUAAUGCAUGGCGGACUCUGUAUGGUCAAACACCAUUGAAAGACAGUAAACCAGACUGUACACGAGAUGCAACCUCCAAUUGCAAUGGUAUAAAUGCAAUUCUCAUGAAACUUGAUUCCCUUGCAUAUGAAGUGAAACUAGUAAAUAAGAGCCUUACUGAACGCAUUGAUUUGCUUGAAACUGAACUGGAGCUUAAAUUGAUGGGGGGAAAAAAUCUGAAAAAAUGGCUCGAAACUGAUGACACAGACAACAGGUCCUUGAACUUAGGCUUUAGAAAAGUGCCAGAAACUGUAAAUGAAAAUAUUGUGGAAAAAAUUAUUAUAAUAAAUGAUCACAUGAAAGUUGAGGAUGUUAAAGUAUCGUCUGCAAAGAGAAUUCCAAAUAGAAAUGAAGAAUCCGUAGUUCCAGGUAUUGUAAUAGCCACUUUUGCUGACAAAAAUGAACGGUCUAAAAUUCUUAAAGCAAAGAAAAACUUAAAAGAUAUAAUAUACAACAAUGUUUUUGUGCAUGUAGAGUCAAAGGAGGAAAGGAUUACUGCAAACAACUUGAGAUGCAGUUAACAAGGGAGAACACUUAGCAGUCAGAGGAAACCGUGUCUUUAAAGCUCAACAGAAUAAUGGCAGAAAUAGUAAUUCUAGGAAUAGUGGUACCCAUAAUAAUGGUACAAAUGGUGCAAACGAAAAUAAUGGUUUUCGUAAUUCAGGUUGUACAAAUAGUGGUACCCACCAUAUUGGUACAAAUGGUGCAAACGAAAAUAAUGGUUUUCGUAAUUCAGGUUGUACAAAAAGUGGUACCCACAAUAUUGGUACAAAUCAUGGUAAUGAUGAUCAACCUGUUCAUAAUAAUAACAAUCGUGGUUUCAGAAAUAACAUAAAUUUCCGUAAUGGUCAAGGUCAGAGAGGAAGAGGUCAGGGUCAACGUGGAAAUGCGUGGAGUGGUUGUGGCGGUGGAAACAGACAUAGCUAGGUUUUCAUUGGGUUUUGGAAUGUCAACGGUUUUAGUACAAAAACAGACGGUGACCAUUUUCUUUGAGAUAUGAUUGUAUAAAACAUCUAGAUUUUGACAUUUUAGGCAUAGCUGAGACACAUUUGGUAGAUAAUAAUGUAUUAAAUUUACCAGGAUAUGUCUGGUUUGGAAAUACUAGGAAACCAAUUCAUGUAAGAAGAUUUUAGUGAUAGGUAUUUUAUAAAUGUCUUUGAUGAAAGUUAUGAUGGUAUAUUAUGGCUAGAAUUUGUUGAUAAAUGUACUGGUUUUUCCUUUUAUGCAUGUUGCAACCUACCACCAGUUAAUUUCACUAGAAAUGUUGAUGUUUGCGAGUUUUAUGAUACAUUACUUAGUAAUAUGUAUUCUUAUCAAAGUUUAGGUCCUCUGUAUAUUUCUGGGGAUUUUAACAGUAGAAUUGGUGACAAUCUUGAUUAUAUUGCUGGUGUUGAUGAUUUACCAGAGAGAAAUAUUUUUGAUUUUAAUACAAAUACAUUUGGUGACAAAUUGAUAGAUUUUUAAUUGACAGCAAUAUGUGUGUCCUUAAUGUUAGACAGUGUCUGAAAAUUAUUACAUUUCAGUAUCUGUUAAGGGAUGUUCUGUGGUAGACUAUUGUAUAGUCUAUCAUGAUAAUUUAUAUCUAUUCAAAGACUUUAAAGUAACAACACUGUCUUUGAACUAAAAUGCAAUGUGAAAGCACAACCACAAAAAUUGCAAGAUACCUGGCAGGCAUGAUACUUGUCAAUACAACAUAAACCAGUAUCAACAUUUGAGUA